GCAGGGACUCUGCCUUCUCCAGGGACUUGCGUUUCUCUUCCUUACUGUCAUAGCGGAUGCUCAAGACUCCACAGCUCCGCCUGGUGGAUGGUGGCAGUCGCUGUGCAGGCAGAGUGGAAAUUCUUCACCAGCAUUCCUGGGGCACUGUGUGUGACUUCAGCUGGGACUUGAAUGAUGCCCAUGUGGUGUGCAGACAAAUGGGCUGUGGUGAGGCCCUCAAUGCCGUGCACGAGGCACUCUUUGGGGAGGGAUCAGGGCCCAUCUGGCUGGAUGACCUGAAGUGCACAGGAAAGGAAUCCCAUGUAUGGAAAUGCCCUUCUCUAGGCUGGGGGCAACACCACUGCACACACAAGUUGGACGCAGGUGUCAUCUGCUCAGGAUUUGUGCAUUUGGAUGGAGGAGGUGGACCCUGCUCUGGGCGAGUGGAAGUGAAUUCUGGAGGAGGAUGGAUUCCAGUAUCUGAUGGGAAUUUCACCUUCCCCGUGGCCCAGGUCAUCUGUGCAGAGCUGGGGUGUGGAAAGGCUGCACGUGUCUUGGGGAACCUGCCCUUUAGAGAGGACAGUGAACAGGUCUGGGCUGAAGAGUUCCAGUGUAAAGGACAGGAGCCUGAGCUCUGGUUCUGCCCCAGAGUGCCCUGUCCUGGAGGAAGGUGUCCCCAGAGAGGGGCUGUGCAAGUUGUCUGCUCAGGAUAUACAGAUGUUCGGCUCAUGAAAAAUGGCAGCUCUCAGUGUGAGGGUCAAGUGGAGAUGAAGACCUCUGGAGGCUGGAGAACACUCUGUGCCUCCCACUGGAAUAUGGCCAAUGCCAAUGUUGUUUGCCGUCAGUUGGGCUGUGGAGUUGCCAUCUCCACCCCAAAGGGAGCAUACUUUGUGGAAGGAGAAGAUGAGAUCUGGAGAGACCGAUUUCACUGCUCAGGGUCUGAGUCCUUCUUGUGGAAUUGCCCUGUGACUGCCCUGGGUGUUCCUGCCUGUGCCCAUGGAAACACAGCCUCUGUGGUCUGCUCAGAGACUCCACAGCUCCGCCUGGUGGACGGGGGCAGUCGUUGUGCAGGCAGAGUGGAGAUUCUUCACCAGCAUUCCUGGGGUACUGUCUGUCACAAUAGCUGGGACCUGAAUGAUGCGAAUGUGGUGUGCAGACAAAUGAACUGUGGAGUGGCCUUCAAUGCCUUGCUCUAUGCACAAUUUGGAGAGGGAUCAGGGCCCAUCUGGCUGACAGACAUGGCUUGCACAGGGGAGGAGGACUCCUUAUGGAAUUGCCCUGCCCUGGUCUGGGAAAAGAACAACUGCGGGCACUCUAAAGAUGCAGGAGUCAUCUGCUCAGGAUUUGUGCAUUUGGUUGGAGGACAUGGACCUUGUUCUGGGCAAGUGGAAGUGAAUUCUGGAGGAGAGUGGAUUCCAGUAUCUGAUGGAAAUUUCACACUACCCACAGCCCAGGUCAUCUGUGCAGAGCUGGGGUGUGGCAAAGCUGCAUCUGUCCUGGGGAACCUGCCCUUUAGAGAGGACAGUGAACAGGUCUGGGCUGAAGAGUUCCAGUGUAAAGGACAUGAGCUUGAACUCUGGUUCUGCCCCAGAGUGCCCUGUCCUGAAGGAAGGUGUCCCCACAGAGGGACUGUGCAAGUUGUCUGCUCAGGAUAUACAGAUGUUCGGCUCAUGAAAAAUGGCAGCUCUCAGUGUGAGGGUCAAGUGGAGAUGAAGACCUCUGGAGGCUGGAGAACACUCUGUGCCUCCCACUGGAAUAUGGCCAAUGCCAAUGUUGUCUGCCGUCAACUGGGCUGUGGAGUCGCCAUCUCCACCCCAAAGGGAGCAUACUUUGUGGAAGGAGGAGAUGAGAUCUGGAGAGACCGAUUUCACUGCUCAGGGUCUGAGUCCUUCCUGUGGAAUUGUCCUGUGACUGCCCUGGGUGUUCCUGCUUGUGCCCAUGGAAACACAGCCUCUGUGGUCUGCUCAGGAAACCAGGCCCAGCUACUGCCCCAGUGCAAUGACUCCUGGUCUAACACAGCAGGCUCUGCAGCCUCAGAGGGCCACACUGCCAACUGCUCAGACAGCAGACAGCUCCGCCUGGUGGACGGGGGCAGUCCCUGUGCAGGGAGAGUGGAGAUCCUGCAGCAGGGCUCCUGGGGAUCCAUCUGUGAUGACAGCUGGGACCUGAAUGAUGCCCACGUGGUGUGCAGACAGCUGGGCUGUGGAGUGGCCCUGGAGGCCACCAUCUCUGCUCACUUUGGAGAGGGAUCAGGGCCUAUCUGGCUGGACAAGUUGAACUGCACAGGAGAGGAGACCCACGUGUGGCAGUGCCCUUCCCAGGGCUGGGGGCAGCACAACUGCAGUCACAAGAAGGAUGCUGGGGUCAUCUGCUCAGAGUUCCUGGCCCUCAGGCUGGUGAGCGAGGACCAGGAGUGUGCUGGGUGGCUGGAGGUUUUCUACAACAACACCUGGGGCAGUGUCUGCCACAGCCCCAUGGAAGCUGUGACCUUGUCCGUGAUCUGCAGACAGCUUGGCUGUGGGGACAGUGGGACUCUGAACUUCUUGGUUCCUCUCAGGAAAGGUUCUAGACCUUCCUGGGUGGAUGGAAUCCGCUGUCGGGAAACUGAUAUCUCUCUCUGGCAGUGUCCUUCUGACCCCUGGAAACACCAAUCUUGCUCUGCAAAGGAGGAAGCUCAUAUCACAUGUACAGGGACUCCACAAGUCCGCCUGGUGGAUGGGGGCAGUCGCUGUGCAGGCAGAGUGGAGAUCUUUCAGAAGAAUUCCUGGGGCACUAUCUGUGAUCAGGGUUGGGACCUGAAUGAUGCCCACGUGGUGUGCAGACAAAUGGGCUGUGGAGUGGCCCUUGAUGCCAUGGACUAUGCACAAUUUGGGGAGGGAUCAGGGCCCAUCUGGCUGGAUGAGCUGAAGUGCACAGGAGAGGAGGACCAAGUGUGGAAGUGCCCUACUGGGAGGCAGCACUACUGCUUGCAUGUGAGGGACGCAGGUGUCAUCUGCUCAGGAUUUGUGCGGUUGGAUGGAGGAGGUGGACCUUGCUCUGGACGAGUGGAAGUGAAUUCUGGAGGAGGAUGGAUUCCAGUACCUUAUGGGAAUUUCACAUUGCCCACUGCCCAGGUCAUCUGUGCAGAGCUGGGGUGUGGCAAGGCAGCAUCUUUUCUCUUGGACCUGCCCCUCAGAGAGGCCAGUGAACAGGUCUGGGCUGAAGAGUUCCAGUGUAAGGGGUGGGAGCCUGAGCUCUGGUUCUGCCCCAGAGUGCCCUGUCCUGCAGGCAGCUGCCAACACAGAGGGGCUGUGCAAGUUGUCUGCUCAGAGUACACAGAAGUCAGGCUCAUGAAAAAUGGCAGCUCUCAGUGUGAGGGCCAAGUGGAGAUGAAGACCUCUGGAGGCUGGAGAACACUCUGUGCCUCCCACUGGAAUAUGGCCAAUGCCAAUGUUGUUUGCCGUCAUUUGGGCUGUGGAGUUGCCAUCUCCACCCCAAAGGGAGCAUACUUUGUGGAAGGAGGAGAUGAGAUCUGGAGAGACCAAUUCCACUGCUCAGGGUCUGAGUCCUUCUUGUGGAAUUGUCCUGAGACUGCCCUGGGUGUUCCUGCCUGUGCCCAUGGAAACACAGCCUCUGUGGUCUGCUCAGGUAACCAGACCCAGCUGCUGCCCCAGUGCAAUGACUCCUGGUCUGACCCAGCAGGCUCCACAGCCUCAGAGGGCCACACUGCCAACUGCUCAGACAGCAGACAACUCCGCCUGGUGGACGGGGGCAGUCCCUGUGCAGGGAGAGUGGAGAUCCUGCAGCAGGGCUCCUGGGGCUCCAUCUGUGAUGACAGCUGGGACCUGAGUGAUGCCCAUGUGGUGUGCAGACAGCUGGGCUGUGGAGUGGCCCUGGAGGCCACCAUCUCUGCUCACUUUGAAGAGGGAUCAGGGCCCAUCUGGCUGGAUGAGCUGAACUGCACAGGAGAGGAGGCCUAUGUGUGGCAGUGCCCUUCCCAGGGCUGGGGGCAGCACAACUGCAGGCACAAGGAGGAUGCGGGGGUCAUCUGCUCAGAGUUCCUGGCCCUCCGGUUGGUGAGCGAGGACCAGGAGUGUGCUGGGUGGCUGGAGGUUUUCUACAACAACACAUGGGGCAGUGUCUGCCACAGCCCCAUGGAAGCUGUGACCUUGUCCGUGAUCUGCAGACAGCUUGGCUGUGGGAACAGUGGGAUUCUCAACUCUUCUGUUCCUCUCAGAGAAGGUUCUAGACCCCGUUGGGUAGAUGGAAUCCAGUGUAGGAAAACGGACACCUCUCUCUGGCAGUGUCCUUCUGACCCCUGGAAACAAAGAUCUUGCUCUGCAAAGGAGGAAGCUUACAUCAUGUGUUCAGGAAACAGACCCAAGAGCUGUCCAGCCACUGCACCCUGCACAGACAAAGAGAAGCUCCAACUCAGGGGAGGAGACAGCGAGUGCUCAGGGCGAGUGGAGGUUUGGUAUGAAGGUGCCUGGGGCACUGUGUGUGAUGACUCCUGGAGCCUGGCAGAGGCUGAGGUGGUGUGUCAGCAGCUGGGCUGUGGCUCUGCCCUGGAAGCCCCAGGAGAAGCUGCAUUUGGCCCUGGAAAUGGAAGCAUCUGGCUGGAUGAGUUGCAGUGCAGGGGCAGGGAGCCCUCCCUGUGGGCCUGUGCUGCAGCACCCUGGGGACAGAGUGACUGCAAGCAUGAGGAGGACGCUGGUGUGAGGUGCUCUGGUAAAAGGACACGAAUUCACCCCACUCCUAGAAAUAAGUGGUUCUUUUACUCUGAAUCAGGCACCAGUUCAGCCUCAGCCCCUGUCCCUGGCAUCUUCUCCUUACCUGGGAUCCUCUGCAUGAUCCUGGGAGCCCUUCUGUUUCUGGUCCUAAUCAUCCUGGGAACUCAGCUGCUCAGAUGGAGAGCAAAGCACCAAGCCUUAUCCACUUUUGAAGCUGCUGUUGAUGAAGUCCUGUACCAGGAGAUAGAUCACUCAAUAAAUCCAGAAAAUGAGAGCCUGCUAAACAGCCCAGGAACCAUGUCUAAUGGCUCAGCAACUGAGCUACCCUAUAACCCAGGGGACAGUGAGGAGAAUGGAGACCCCGAAUCUGCCCCAGAACCUGCAGGGCAGCAUGCAGAUGCCACCAGUAAUAGUUAUGAUGAUGUUGAAGAGUUACCUGUUUCUGAAAUUCCUUCUUCCUCUGGAAUGAAGGAGAAAACUUUUUUCCCAGAAGAGGGAGGUGGUGCCAGGUAUUCUCAGACAGGCACCUCUCCUCAGUCUCUCAGAGAAGCUGAUAAUUCUAACACAGAAGAGACAGCAUCCUCAUUGGUCCUGAGACAAGAUGACCCUGGAUAUGAUGAUGUUGAGCCUAACACCACGUAGUGCUAUUUUUUAGAGCAACCAAGUCUGCAGAGAACUCUUUAUAUUAUUUCUCCUUAAUAAAAGAGAAUUCUGUCUUCAUUUCAGCAAUGUUUUACAUGUAUCCCUUAUACAUAAUAAAUACUCUGAGCCUCAAA